AUGGACAUCGCUAAUUCACUGAAUCCAGUAGCUGGCGAUAUUUCAGAUAACGAUGCCGUUGUUACUAUUGAUCAAGCCGUUUCAUUGUCAUCAUCAUCGUUGACAUCAUCGUCUGAUGCUGAAUUAUAUGAUGAAGCUGUAUCAAAUACAUCUAAACAUUUGGGUCAAUUUCUAGUGAAUAGAUCUAAACAAUUAAAUAUAAAUUAUUGUCAACGUGCAUAUUUUCAAACAAUCAACUAUGAAACUAAUAAUCGAAUAGCUUAUAUAACGUUAAAUCGACCUGAAAGAUUGAAUUCAAUAGAUGGUUUAAUGCCAAAAGAGCUAUCUGAAUGUGUAGAAAAAGCAAAUAAUGAUUCGUCUGUACAUGUUAUUGUUUUAUCUGGUGCUGGUAAAGCAUUUUGUUCUGGGUAUGACUUAUCUUUUAAUGCCAAAAAUAAAAAUGUAAAAGCUGUACAAGACAUGCCAUGGGAUUCAAUGAAAGAUUAUACAUAUAUGAAACAAAAUACGGAAUAUUUUAUGUCUUUAUUUCGUUCAUUCAAACCAACUAUUUGUAAAAUUCAUGGUGAUGCAUUAGCUGGUGGAAGUGAUAUUGCUUUAUGUUGUGAUAUUAUUUUAAUGGCUAAUGAAGCACAUAUAGGUUACAUGGGAGUUCGUGUAUGGGGUUGUCCAACAACUGCUAUGUGGAUAUAUAGACUUGGCAUAGAAAAAGCAAAACGAAUGCUGUUAACUGGUGAUAAAAUUACAGGUAUUGAAGCUGAAAAACUUGGACUUGUACUAAAAUCUGUGCCACAAGAACAACUAAAUAAUGAAGUUGAAAAACUAGCUCAUCGAAUGUCUACUAUACCAAUUAAUCAACUUGUUAUGCAAAAGUUAAUGAUUAAUCAAACAUUAGAAAAUAUGGGUUUGAGAACAACUCAAAUGUUUGCUACAUUAUUUGAUGGUAUUGCACGUCAUUCACCUGAAGGAAUCGCAUUUAAAAAUCGAUCAGAAAGUGUUGGAUGGAAAACAGCUGUUAAAGAACGAGAUGCUGGUACAUAUGAUUGGACAAAUAAUGUGUCAUUUAACAUUAAAAAGGAAGAUAAUAAUCAAAAAUAA